GAGACUGGGUGUGAAUAAAGCACUUGAUUGAAAAUAGAAGAAAAACAAUGGAGCAAAUCCAGCACAACUUCGUCACUGUUCGAGGCCUAAAGUUUCACGUUGCAGAGCUCGGGAUUGGCUCUACCGUGGUGCUCUUCUUACAUGGGUUCCCGGAGAUAUGGUAUUCAUGGCGACACCAGAUGAUAGCACUCGCCGGUGCCGGAUUCCGGACCCUUGCACCCGAUUACAGAGGCUACGGACUAUCCGACAUACCUCCCGAACCCGAGAAAACAACCUUUGCUGACAUCAUCGCCGACCUUGUUGCUAUCUUAGAUCACCUCGGAGUUACUAAGGUUUUUGUUGUUGCCAAGGAUUUUGGAGUCAGACCUGCUUAUCUGUUAACUCUCCUUCACCCCCAUCGAGUCUCGGGUGUUAUAACGGUUGGAGCUCCACAUAUGCCUUUGGGACCUCGCAAGUACGGAGAGUCUCUCCCUGAAGGCUUCUACAUUUUAAGAUGGAGGGAACCUGGGCGAGCGGAAGCCGACUUCGGACGGUUCGAUGCUAAAACUGUCGUAAGGAACAUCUACAUACUAUUCUCCAAAAGUGAAAUACCGAUCGCAGCCGAGAACCAGGAGGUAAUGGAUUUGGUGGAUGCUUCUGUUCCUCUUCCACCUUGGUUCACCGAGGAAGAUCUCGCCACAUAUGGGGCUUUAUACGAGAAAUCCGGAUUCAAGACUGCAUUGCAAGUCCCAUAUAGGUCAUAUGAUGAAGACUUUGGCAUAUCAAAUCCGAUGGUUAAAGUUCCGGCAUUACUGAUAAUGGGGUGCAAAGAUUAUUUCUUUAAAUUUCCUGGGAUAGAAGAAUACAUAAAGUCUGGGAAGGCAAAAGAAUUGGUACCUAAUUUGGAUAUAAUAUAUUUGCCUGAAGGAACCCACUUUGUUCAAGAGCAGUCACCGGAACUGGUUAACGGUCUGAUCCUCGACUUCCUCAAGAGCCGUUUGUGACAUUGCCGGUCAUCGGCGAACGAUGUCCGAGAUAUCCGUGGCGUUUCUUGAUGAAACACAGUUGCUGUAUGGUUUGAUGUACCGGAAUAAAUUAAGUCACACUAUAAAGUGGUGAAUUUAAGACUUUAAUUCAUUUUAGGUUUAAUUUAAUUCGCUAUUAGUAUUAGUCCAGAUCAACAUAUCAUUUGGAAGUCGAUCGCUUGAUAUUCAGGACAAGUCAUCUCUAUAUUUGGACUUUAAAUAGCAUAAUAGUUUUUUUUUGAA